AUGAUUUUUUGUUAAAUUUGUGAUGAAAACGUGAAUUUUCCUUUAUUUUGUAUAAGUGUUAUGGUGUUUCAUUAAAGCAAAAUGGCUUUUCUAUGUCCCGUCAGAAUAAGAAGGGGGAAAAAGAAGAAAUCUAGCAGUAUAGAUUCUGAUAAAGAAGCCUCCAGACCAGGCUCGGGUUUGAGCCCUGGUAUGGGGCGGAUCACAGGCUCUGCAAGUAUAGAGACUCUGGUGAGAGUGGGAAUUGAAAAAGAACAUGGUUUGAGUCCGGAUUCCAAGAUGGUGGUGCUCCAUGAUUUUGCUCCUUGUGUGGAUGAUGAAUUGGAGGUAAAACGAGGCCAGAUUGUGAACAUAUUAUACAGAGAGAAUGACUGGGUGUAUGUCAUAGUAGCAGACUCACGCAGGGAGGGCUUUAUACCCCACUCUUACUGUGCGCCAUGUGGACAACAUGACUUGAAGAAGAAGCUACCGAGAAGUCGGUCUCCCACUGAUCUAGCACACAGAGAAGUUUCACAAUUAUCAUUAUCAGAUGGUGCAACAAAUGAUGGGCACUCAGAAAUGGGCAGUGAGGGUGACUCAUGUCCAUUCAGCAAAGAUCCUUCAGGGCGAUAUGUUGUCUUGUAUACUUUUACUGCCAGAGAUGAAAAUGAUGUUGACGUUGAGAGAGGAGAGUUUGUUACAGUGUUGAAUAGAGAAGAUCCUGAUUGGUAUUGGAUAGUCAGGAGUGAUGGUCAGGAAGGAUUCAUUCCAUCAGGCUUUGUGUAUCCUGCUGUAGUCCAAGCGGCUCAGCAAGAGAACAAUCAGUCGAUGCACUCACCGCCAAUGUCCAACUCCAUGGUGUCCGGCAACAACACCAGCCACAACACGCAGCAGGACAACGAGGGACGCUAUCACGGAACUGAACUAGUCAUGCUCUAUGAUUAUAAGGCUCAAGCACCAGACGAUUUGACAGUGAAGAGGGGAGAAUGGGUGUACGCGGAUCUGACGCAGCAGACAGUGGAGGGGUGGCUGUGGGCGCACGCGCCGAAGACACGUCGCUCGGGCUUCAUACCCACCGCGUAUGCACGCGCGCCGCAUACUACGUCGCUAUAAAUUACUGACACUACUUCUAUGCCGUUUCUGGGCCUUGAUUGAUGAUUCACAAUUAAUAAUUCGGCUCGGAUUCGGAAACUUCAUCGCGCGACAUCCAAUAAACGCUCGCCGCGCUA